UAUAUUUUUAUCUUUUGAAGGGUGACUGUAGGACGUAUAGUUACGUUUGUGGCUUAUCUAGUAAAGAUCAGCCGCACUGGGAUUCCUUCAUAUUCCUAGCCCGACUUAUCCCACGAAUGUGUCAUAAUAUUAACAGAGUUGUGUAUAUUUUUGGACCACAGAUUCGAGAACCUAUAACAGAUGUAACACCAACUUUCCUAACAACAGGAGUGCUUAGUACGCUCCGGCAGGCUGACUUUGAGGCGCAUAACAUUCUGAGAGAGUCUGGUUACUCUGCGAAAAUUAGUCAGAUGCCAAUUGUUUUAACACCACUGCAUUUUGACCGUGACCCACUCCAGAAGCAGCCCUCUUGUCAGAGAUCUGUGGUAAUUCGAACCUUCAUUACAAAUGAUUUCAUGACUGGCAUCUCAGCAACUCCUGGCAAUCACAUUCCCGAAGAGGUCAUUUUAAAAAUGGUGAGAGAAAUCAAGAAGAUACCUGGAAUUUCCCGUGUCAUGUAUGACUUGACUUCAAAACCGCCUGGAACUACGGAAUGGGAAUGAAUGAAAUGUUUUUUUUUGUGGAAACAUUCCCAAUGUUAACAGUAAAGUGGAAGUGUGACUGGAGCUGCUACUUUUGCACCUUUUUUUUUUGUCAUCCUUUCCUUUGCCGUCCCCAGAGCCUACCGUGUAACUCAGUAUUUGGCAAGGAUAUAUUUUAAUGGGUUAAAAAAAUGUACAGGUAAGGGAUUCAUCAUUAGGUUGUCCUGGUAAAAUUGUGAAGCCUUUGCCAAUGUAUUUUAAUGCCCUUUAUAGUUCAAUUCGUCUGGUGUUUUGUACUUUCUAAGACAGUUCAUUUGCAGUACAUUAACUAAGCCAUUGCCAAUAUGUCAUUGUAAAGCUCAAUUAUUGAUGUGACCAACUUUUUUUUAAAAACAGAUCUUACAAAUAUUUUGCCAAAUGGAUAGGUUGUAUGGAACUCUGUUGGCAAGUUUUGAUGUAUUUCUGUAUGUUUAAAGUUUCUUGACAGUUUAUAAUUGUAUUGUUCUAAAUGAACAAAUUACCAGCAGUUUGGCUUUAUCGCUGCAGUCUUGGAGACUGUACAAAAUGAUUAGAAUGAAUGCAGUUGUGAUUUUCAUGGCCAAAAGAACACUUAAAGGGUUUUAGUUCUGCCAAAAAUCUUGAUCAUAUACAUGCUUUUGGAUAUUAGCAGCCAACUGUGUACUGUACAUAUUUCCUAAUUUGCAUGUGAGCCAAAAUUUUAUUUGAAGGAUAAGAGGACUAGGGUUUUCCAAAGGCAGCAUUUUUAAUGUAUCAUUUGAUAAUUUUAUAUAUCUAUUUUAUUAACUGACUACCAUAAUUUCAUUGUGAAAUAUUUUCACUUUGCUAUUUACCUAGAUAUCAGUUUAUCAACACAAUGUAUGGUUAUUAAUUGUUGCCUUAAUUUGAUCACCUCUAUCCCACAUGUUCAGAAAAUGUAAUUUAUAAUUGUAUACUUUUGUCAAAUUAAUAAAUUGAUAAGACAUACCUCAAGUUCUGAAAUUUCCAUGCAGGAGUAACUUGUCAGUGGCACAAUGUAAAAAUUUUGGGUUUUGAGCUUACUACAGAAGCAUUCAUGAAAAUCUGGUCUGACAAUAUUUUUUCAAUUUUUUUUCAUUAAUCCCAAUCAGUCAUUCAGAAUAUUUGCAAGCUGAGCUCAGUCCAACUACUUUAAUGCUUGUAUGUCUAAUUUAUCCAAAUUGUAUGUACAGAAAUAAACAUUUUUUUCUAUGCAUCUCAUCUUAAAUAUCUUAAAAUUUCUGAAUGUUGGAAACAAACGUUUCAGUGAAGAUGCAGACUCUGUGGCACAUUGGAUGACCAGAUCACUUCACUUGAGUGGUUUGACAAAGUGCAGCUAGCAGACCUAACAUUGUUUUCGUUUGAAAGGUAUUUUCUUGCUUCAGUUUGUAGCUACUUGCAGGAACUUUUAUGCCAUUAAAAGAUUUCAUAUCAAUA